AUGGCCCAGUCGUGCAAGAUGGAGUCGCGGACGGGGAGGACGAACCAGCGUGAGCUACAGCCCCAGCGCGAACGACUCGUCGCCGGCGUCGUCCCCAUCUCCCCUGACAAGUCCAGGGUGCUCUUGAUCCAGUCUACUCGCCGCGGAGGUUGGGUUCUCCCCAAGGGCGGCUGGGAGUUGGACGAGGCGUCCGCCCAGCAGGCUGCCUGCCGCGAAGCUUGGGAGGAGGCAGGCGUCGUCUGCACUGUCCUACGUGAUCUAGGCAAGAUCGCAGACAUGCGGACCCCGGCCCAGGUGUCCCUGAAGGCACCCAAGGUGCUGUAUCAAUUCUUCGAGGUUCGCGUUGACCGCGAGGAAGCCCAGUGGCCCGAAAUGCACAAGCGGAAACGACAAUGGGUUACCUAUGCGCAGGCCGCGGCGGCAUUGGCGACUCGCCCGGAGCUCCUCGAUGCUCUAAAUCGCAGCUCUCUCAAGAGAUCAUAG